AUGGCGUACAUGUUGUACGAUGGAGGAGGCCAGGGUGCACAGCAGGACUACUUCUACCAGGCCAGCGGGACGGUGCCCAAGUCCAAGCUGAACUGGGAGGAAUUUAAGAAGGACCUCGCCAAGCGGGUGCGCGUACAGAAGGUGGCGGUAGCCCCCACCGUGCCCAAGAACAAGGAGAAGGAGGCCGAGGUAGAGGACGACGAGGAGACAUGCCUCGUGUGCACCGACAAGCUCAAGGACCGAUGCAUCCUCAAGAGGUUGUGCCGUUGCGAGAAUUUCCCUUGUGAGGGACACGCGUGCAGCUGCAAGGACUUCUCGGUGUGUUUCGGAUGCGUGGGGAAGGCCCUAUGGCAGGGCACUAACUCGGUGAUGAAGCAGAAGGGCCGCUAUCGCGCCAAAUGCCCGCUGUGUAAGGCCGAGUACUGUGCCAGGGACAUCCUGCGUCUCGUGCCCGCAACAUCUUGA